GUUUCCGGUGUCAGGGUCAAAAUUAAAUUCACCGUUAGCAAUAACUAGGCUAAGGAUACGGGUAGCUAAUUGACAUAGAAACAGAAGCAUGGCGGCGGCACUCAGAAGGAGCCUUGUUACAGUAGCAAAGGGUCUUAACGGCCCCUGGCUCCAUCAUCUGCGCUCCCGACCCCUCAGUGUGGGGGCCUGUUUGCGGGCCCCAGAGGCCCCCCCAGCCCGUGCCGACAGCACUUUCAAGGUCACCAUGGUACCAGGAGAUGGGGUGGGGCCUGAGCUCAUGACGGCUGUGAAGGAUGUCUUCAAGGCAGGUGAUGUGCCAGUGGAGUUUGAGGAGUUCCACCUGAGUGAGGUGCAGAACAUGGCCAGUGAGGAGAAGCUGGAGGAGGUGCUCACCUCCAUGAAGACCAACAGGGUGGCCAUGAAAGGCAAGAUCCACACCCCGAUGGAGUACAAGGGAGAGUUGGCCUCCUACGAGAUGAGACUGAGGAGGAAGCUGGACCUGUUUGCGAACGUGGUCCAUGUGAACAGCCUGCCCGGUUACAGCACCCGCCACAACAACCUGGACCUGGUCAUCAUCCGCGAGCAGACCGAGGGGGAGUACAGCUCCCUGGAGCAUGAGAGUGUGACGGGCGUCAUCGAGUGCCUGAAGAUCAUCACACGCGAGAAGUCCCGCCGCAUCGCCAAGUUCGCCUUCGACUACGCCACCAAGAAGGGGCGCAGCAAGGUCACCGCCGUGCACAAGGCCAACAUCAUGAAGCUGGGAGAUGGUCUGUUCCUGCAGUGCUGUAAAGAGGUAGCGGAACUCUACCCCAAGAUCAAGUACGAGAACAUUAUCAUCGACAACUGCUGCAUGCAGUUGGUGCAGAACCCGUACCAGUUUGACGUGCUGGUGAUGCCCAACCUGUACGGCAACAUCAUCGACAAUCUGGCAGCCGGGCUGGUGGGCGGGGCCGGCGUGGUGCCCGGGGAGAGCUACAGCGCCGAAUACGCCGUCUUCGAGACGGGAGCGAGGCACCCAUUCGCUCAGGCUGUUGGCCGGAACAUUGCCAACCCCACCGCCAUGCUGCUGAGUGCUGCCAACAUGCUGAAACACCUCAAUCUGGAGUACCAUUCCCACAUGGUGAAUGACGCUGUGAAGAGGGUAAUCAAACAGGGCAAGGUGCGGACAAGAGACCUGGGGGGGUACUGCACCACGGGGGAUUUUGUGCGUGCAGUCAUUGACAGCCUGCGGCCCGUAUACUGAGGAAUCUGCCCCACCCUGGCAACCCCUCGCCUCCUACCAGGACCUUAAUCCCCCACACUCAAUCCCCCUUUUGUCCGCCUCGUACUGGCAACCCUCAGUCACUGCCCACAGCCCUGUGUGGAGACCGCUCCUGGUCUUCCCCAUGACGCGCACACACACACACACACACACGUGCACACACAUGCACACAUACAUACGCACCCAUACGUGUGCGCGCACACACAUACACACAUGCCCACGCAUGCAAGUAUUUCUGCCUCCUCUCUGUGUCUCUCCCUUCAUCUACCUCAGUUCAGGAAACUUAAAUUAAAAUAUGAGGUUUCUUCAGGAAUAGAAUUUGAAUGAAUUCUCUGAAUUUAAUUCCUGGAAAUAGAACUGUCACCCAACCCUGCCUCCCUCUUUCUGUGUCAGUAUUGUUUGUCGCCUGACUGCUUUAACCCAGUCACAUGACCUCUACUCAACAUGGCAGCAUGUGCUCUCUGUUUCUCUCCUCGAGACUGAACCUGCUUCCCCUCUCUGUCCGUCUGUCCGUCUCUGGGGCAACACUUAACGUUUCUUAGGUGGCUUUCCAACCUACCGCAGGCGUUGGGUUAUCUGACCGUCCGCAAGCGUCAGGUUAUCUAACCAAUCGCAAGCGUUCGGUUAUCAAACCGACCGCAAACUUGUGUUUUCUAACCAAUCGCAAGUGUUGGGUUAUCUACCUAACUGGAAACAUGCUUAUCUAACCAACUGCAAGUGUUGGGUUAUCUUACCAACCGCAGGCAUUGGGUUUUGUGCGGCAGCGCCUGGGUUUUCUGAGUCUUAAUUAAAACCACGGUGACCUCUGACCCUCUGUGCGGUCAUUCACGGUUCUCAGUCCCGCACAGUCACCAUCGUCAGCUUCCACUUCUGAAGUGAGGUGGGAGCUGGGCAGCUGCACACACACACACACACACACACACACACACACACACAUACACACAAACGGGGCUUAUAUUUCACGAUGAGUGUGUGUGUGUGUGUGUGUGUGUGUGUGUGGUGACAGACCGUCUGUAUGAAACUCUGAAGAUAUACUGAGGAUUUCUUCCUUUCUAACAGUUACAUUCUCACAUGCCAGGAUUUUCUGCGAAAACAAACGCACUGCUAGAUUUGUAGGACACUGGUUUAGGGUCUGCUGCUCUUAUGCAAAUUCUGUUAACCCUUUGGACCAUGUCAGGCCUUACAGGAGUGUGCACACUUGGCACGCCAGGGUGUCCCUACCGGACCUGUUUCAGCGCACAGAAAAUGGCAACACUGGUGGAAAAAUGAAACGCUGUUUACCUGUAGGGCGGGGUCAUACCCAGUGCCUUCCAACCCACACCCCUCACUACACUACUGUUACUUUUCUACUGCUAAAGUUUGUUUCCACUGUAGUGAAAAUGGUUGUUAUACUAAUGAGCAGUUCAGGAGAAUGAGAAUCUGCAAAAUGAACAAUUUCUGUUCAUAACUGUAUUUUUGUGGGAUUUUCACCAGUUAGGCGGGCCAGAGUGUGUCCAGUCUGACCAUGCAUCAGUGGCUAGCACACAGGGCUGCUACUCUAGACGCACACACGUCCUGGCAGUGAAAGCAGUGCAAGGUUUAUCUCUAAGGCACGUAUCACAGUUUUGGCGUAAGGGCAUAUCAGGUGAAACAGCCUGACCCCUUAAAGUGCAGGCUUGGCUUCACUGCCGGGGCAGUUUAUUUUACAUUGUAGUAGUUAUUACAUGAAUGAAUAACACAUCUGUUUAUAUGUGAUGUAUCCGGUCUGACUGAUCUUUUGUCUGUUUUUUUUUUUUCUCACUAUUUUAUUUUGAAUUGCAUUUUUCUUUUUGUAAUGCUUACUUACUAGCUUUGAUUAUUAACGGCUUAAAAAUACAUUUUCAUGAAAUGGAAUCAUGAAAUGAGAAGACUAUCAAAAGAAAAAAACAAAAACAUUGAACAGUCCAGCUCAUGCUAGCAUGUAUAUCCUCAGAGUGAAUGUAAUUAUGGUUUUGCAAUGCGGUAUCCACAGCAAGGAUGUUGUUUGUUUAUUAUUUAAGUCCCGUGUACGCAUCAGUCCUUUGGAGUUCAUGCUUAUGCACACAAACAAUCCCAAAUGGUCCAGAAACUUCCAGAACGAAUGUUUGGGAUGUUUGGAAUGUUUUAAAAUGCUGUAUCCAUGUUGCUUUAAAUAUGUGUUUUGAUUGUAGAAAAAAAUCAGUUGAACCAACAGGAUUGUGUAUGUUUUUAAAUACAAAAAUGCAGAGCCUCCUUGCAUGGGUAGUGUUCAUGUAAGUGAGAAGGUUGAGCAUGUCUGUGAGAGCUAGUCAAAGCUUGAUCCUGGCAGAAGUCUCAUGUUUUCCCACUAGGCUGUUGUGAGCCUGAUUCAUUUUGUACUUUCAAAACUCAUGUUAAAUUAAAGAGAUGUGCCUAA